AUGGACCCUUUGAAGUACUUGUUUGAAAAACCCGCCUUGAGUGGGAGAUUAUCGAGAUGUUUGAUCUUAUUGGCCGAGUUUGAUUUAAAGUAUAUGGCUAGAAAAAUUAUCAAGGGGAGUGCCAUAUCAGACUUUUGCACCGAGAACCCUAUGGAAGGAGAAGGUAGUAAAGAAGACUUUCUUGAUGAGAGCAUACUAAACAUAAAGCUUGGAGCAAGGAAGAUGUAUUUUGAUGGAGUAAUGACCCAAUAUGGAAAUGGGAUAGGAAUAUUGUUGAUUAUCCCCUACAAAUCACACAUACCCGUGGUUGUUAAGUUGAACUUUGAAGCAAUCAAUAACAUGGAAGAAUAUCAGGCUUGUAUUGUUGGAAUGGAAGCCCUACAAGAGCUGAGGGCAAAGGAAGCCGAGGUUUAUGGAGAUUCUACUCUAGUCAUAGCCCAAGCCCAGAAGUUGUGGAAAGUGAAAGAGGAACAUCUAAAUCCCUACCAAAAAUACUUAAAGGAGUUGACAAGGACUUUUGAUAUAAGAUUGAGUACACUAUCAUCUUUAGAACUCAAAAUCAGUUUGCAGAUGUGUUAG